AUGACUGAGAUGAAGGAAUUAUCCACGCUUUUGCAGCAUGCUCUUAGUUCAGAAAACUCUAUAAGACUUCAAGCGGAACAGGAAAUUGAUUGUCUUACUUCCUGUGGGGGAUUUUUGCGACAUCUGGCUCGCUAUGCUUAUUUGAAUGUGGAGACUAUUCCUCAAUGUCAUCGUCUCUUGGUCCUGAGUAUUCUAAAACAAAAAGUCGGUCUUGUUGCAAUAGAAGAAUGCGUUGAUGUGAAUAACAUACUUGUGAAUAUGUUGUGUGUGGAAGAGGAUCGUCUCGUGGCAAAUCUUUCUGCGGUCGUUAUAAGCCUCAUUAUAUUAAAAAUGGAAUGCAUUGGUGAAACAGAACACGACGUGAUAUCUGAGCCCAUGCAUUUUUUUAUGAACUUUCUCUUUGAUGCAUUUAUUAAAGCUGAUUCAACCCGACUGGAAUUAAACGCCAUGAUACUGGUUUUGGAGUUGCUAAACCAUCUUUCUCUAAGCUCUGUAAGUCGUAACGAGCUUUUGCGUCUUGCACCAUAUCUUUUUCGACGUGCUAUUUCAGAUACCCCGAGCGAGUCCAAUUAUAUGGCUCUCAAUGUGCUGAGAGAUCUUAUUCUUCCGUUAGCUCCAAUACGGAAAUUUCCGAUGCUUCGAUUGAUAAAAGAAACAUGGGAGAGUUUUUUUCCGGCCUUGGCAGCUGCUUUACUGACACCUACUUUCCCAUCAAAGGGACAACAAGAGUGUGAUUUUCGAAACAGGCAGACAUUAGGGUUUAUGACAUUUGUCGAUGGCAUGCUGCGUGUUGCCAAGUGGACAAGGCAAUACAUUACAGCCAGUAUUUUCUAUGGUUUACUAACGCGUAAUGAAGUGGAGAGCAAUGUCUACCUGGAGGCCUUGCAGAACACGGACAGUAGCGAGGAUGCAAGCCUUGUUAUUCAACAAAUUAUGGCGAAACGUUGGGAAUUGUUAGGAUUCAUGGUACAAAUGAAGAGCCUGAGGAACGUUGUAGAUAACAUCGUUGUUAAUAAUCUACCGUCACUACUGAAUCUUGUUUUGUUGUACACGACAGUAAGUGAUAUAGAAGCUCGAGAAUGGCUUGUUGAUGCAAAUACCUUUCUUCGUCAGGAGGAGGAGCAUGAGGACGAAGUAGUAUGGAGUGUUCGUGAUACUACAGCAGAUUUUUGUAGAAUCUGUGUGUCGGUUCUUGGAGAGGGGGGAGAUGUUUUGCGGUUUCUUGUCGCCACUUUGGAUUCUGCUGAAGAGUCAUGUAAAAGGAGGGAGAGUGUCUUAUUUGUCCUGGAGGUUCUUUUACGACGAUGCCCCAAUGAGAUGCUUGCUGCAGGUGAGGAUUGUCACUCUCAACUUCUCCAAAUACUACUUAAAAAAGAUGUACACGGUCCGCCGCUUCUAUCAUCUCGAGCUCUAUCAGUGCUGAGUAUAUUGUUGGCUUUGAUGAAACGAGCAGGUGCAGAUGUGGCAUCCCUUUGUGCCUCGCUUCUUCCUGAGGCACUAGUUUCUUUGUCAAGCUCUGUUCCCUUACUUUCUGCUGCAGCAUGCAGACUUUUUCAUUCUCUUGUUCCUUUGGCCGAUGUGGAUGAUGUUUUAACCCUUUUUUUCAAGGGUCAAGAUGCACUGUUUUCGCUGCUGUUAAAUGAAACUACUUCGGAUGAAUUUUUAUACUUGUGCCUUGAGGUCUACACGGAAUGGAUUUCACAAUGCCAUCUUAAGCGAAGAGAUGUUGCCUCUUCAGAAUCCUACAACAAUUUGUUUCGUUGCUGGAGAAAUCAUAUUCAAGAUCCAAAUAUGGGGGAGUUGGUUGUAUCCGUUUUUGGUGAGUUGAUCAUAGAUUCCGGUGGAGAUGAGUUUCUUACGAUUCAUUUCUCCUGGCUAGCUGACGUCUUGAACAGUCCGUGUGGUGUGGCAGAGUAUUGCGUUAUACCUUUUGUUGUCCAAAUGCUGACAUACAUUUUUGAGAAGGGGUCGAAUCAGGUUGCAAUGAGAGCGGCGGACACUUUGGUUGGCUCCCUUUGUCGACUGUUACUUGCAACGGAAGAGUCUUCUAUCAUAUCCUCUGCGUCAGCUUGUCUUGCUGCUUUAUUGCAGCGGUGUCCACACGUGGGAACAAUGAAAGUUUGCGUACCCAACUCUUUGAUGAAGGGGUCGUUUCCGGAAUUGUGUAUGGAACAGUCGGUGCUCGGUGAUUUUGCAGGACUCGCUACCUUGCAGAGAGGCGAUCUUCAACCGCAUCCAUUUUCUUCCAUACUUGUCAUGAUCGUUAUGACCAUGCUGAGGGAUGAGGUAAAAGAAGCCUCAUUGAUGAAUGCUGGUCGAGUUUUGGUUGCCAUUGGAUAUAAUACGAGUGCAUUCCGGGAUGAUGAGAUUGAGCGGCUUAUUACAACCAUUGUGCGUCGUCUGAUGACAGUUUGCACCGAUACGGUGACGGAGGAACUUGUGGCUCCUCUAGCUGUAUUAAUGAAGCUUCAUAUACAUGCGUUCAUCAAUGUUUUAUUGUCAUCCGGUAUUUUUCUUGACACCUUUUCCGUAUGGCUGCCAAAAAUGAGUAUCUUUAUCGGGAAACAAGUUCUUUUUGAUUCUUGCGAUGCGUUGCUAGAUUUUCUGUUGCAAUGGCCUCUGGAUGAAAGGCUCUGUGGUCAACUAUUGACAUGGAUUGAUAGGAAACGAAACGCGGUGAAAUUGCCUUUGGAGGUGGCGAUUUUCGUUGGUGUUGGGAGAGGUGUGCUUAAUCUCGCCAUGCAGGCCUCUCUGGACGACGAAGAGGACGAGGAGGAGGAGCAAGGCGAUGGGAUGGACGACAAAGAUGAGGUGGUGGUGGAAGAAGAUGAGGAGGAAGAGGAGGAGCAAAGGGAAAAGGUGGUGGUGAAGAAGGUUCUUUGUGGGGAGGUGUCACACGACUUGCGACACCUGCUUCAAAAAGUGUCCCCCUUGGUGUUGAAGUACGGUCCCGCCGCUGCCGUCUGUUUCUCACGCUCGGAACUGAAAGAGUUGUCUGACCUACUUCAAAUCAUCAAGGCAUCCUAG